UGUACAAAGGAGAAGGUGUCCUGAGAAGUAAAAUCCUCAAACAAUAAAUCAGGGAAUAUAAAUUGCCAGAGAAAAUAAAAAGUCUUUAGAGUGGACUUGAAAAUGGAUAGAGACUGGGCAGUUGUAAUAUAUAGCGGGAGGCUAUUCCAUAGUUUGGGGCCAGUGACAGAAAAAGCACGGUCACCUUUGAUUUUUAGUCUUGUUCUUGGAACUCACAUUAGACCAGAAUUUGUAGAUAUGAGGGAUGUUUACAAGGUGUGACACCGCAUCCUAACAAAACGCGACGCGAUGAGUUUCCUACGAUAAGCAAUUACCCUGUCCACACCGAACGCGAAAAGGGGAGGGACACGACAAUCAAUCACAAUAUACAGCCAAUCAGAACCGUUUUUCUCUGUCCACGCAGCCUUGCACGCUGCAGCUGAAUAGGGCACAAAGAGACAUGCGUCUUUUAUUUCUCAUGACUUCAGUUAUGCCUCACCGGAAGCUAUGCUAUAAUUUCCGAAUCUUAACAAUAAGGUAUAAAAGCAGGACUCCUCAGAUAGCUUUAAACAAUCUUCAAUUCUGACAGCAACAGUUGGAAAAACGAUUAAUCAUGGCAGUGAUAAGAGGUCUUGUGAUUCUUUUCUUGGUCUUUUCUUUGGAGUAUGCAGCAGCUAAAACUUGCUCAGUUGGAUGGCAACGUUUUGGAGCAAAAUGCUUCAGGUUCUUCCCUCAGACAGUUAACUGGGGCACAGCUGUGAAAAACUGUCAAAACUUUGGUGGUAAUCUGGCAUCAGUGCGCACUAAAGUGCGAAAUGACUUUCUACUGAGUCUGGUGCCCAGUAACACACGUGCUUGGAUUGGCGGUCAUGAUGGUGAAUUGGAUGGACAGUGGCUGUGGAGUAAUGGAGCUAGAUUUGACUACACCAACUGGUGCAGAGGUGAACCCAAUAAUGAUCGCCGUCCAGAGAAUUGCCUGGAGCUAAACUUCAGCGGUAACCGUUGCUGGAAUGAUGAGUCUUGUUCAAUUGGAAUGGGUUACAUUUGUGCUCGAAAACCCAAAUAAGAAAUUACUCUUUUUUUACAAUAAUACUUUGAUGGUACAACAUGUACCUUUAUAAUGUUUUUUACUUUUUUCUGAGCUUUCAUUGUCUUUCCAAACUUAUCUGAAAUACUUCUAAAAUCAAUAAAAGCACUUCAAAAGCA